AUGGCUGGCAAGGGACUACUCUCGAACAUUUGCAUCUGGGUGGCCAUCACACUGGCAACGUGGGCAGUCUCAUGGCUGGUUGCGGCGCCCGUGAGCUGCCAUGAAGUGCCGGCAUGCGCCAAGCACCUCCAGAGUUAUCCCGGCUAUUACCACGUGAUCUCAGCUGCAGCAUUGGUGGCCAUGCUCGGCCACGAGGUCUUGAGCCUCAUCGCGACGUACAUGGGGGCUCAAGAGACGCAAGCCUUGGUGCCCCACCUCCAGAGCCGAUUCCUGCCCACUUUGCUGUUGGCUGUGAUGUUUGGCGUGUUGGCAACAGCCGAGCGCCUCUUCUCCCGUGCCGAGUGGACUGUUGCACAUGUCAUGCCCAGUGCGGAUGGCCUAACGGUUCCAGGCCGCCCGGUGUACACCAUGCAGUACAUGGAGUGGGGGAUCAACGUCCCGAUCAUGCUGAUCCUCUCGGGCUACUGCACGCUUGGACGGCCACUUCGUGAAGUGUCGCGGCCCCUUAUCGUCACCAAUGUGUACGUGAUCUUCUGCUGGGUGGCCACCGCAACUGAAAGCGCAUUCCUGAAGUGGUUCCUGAUCGGGGUGUCUUUUGCCAUGUAUGCCUGGGCCUCAUACGACAUGCUGAGCUGGUGCUCUGCAUAUGAGCGUGCAGCCCCAAUGGAUUUGCCCAGUCGCAACUUGCGGCCGUUGCUUUCUUCUGGGCUGGUGGCGCACCUGCUUCUCUAUGGCGUCGUGUACAUGGCAUCUGUGGUAGGUCUGAUGGAUGCUCAUACAGAGAGAAAGUCUUUCUUUGCCUUGACCUUCGGCAAUAUUGGCAUGAUUUCGAUUUUGAGGGGCAGUUUCGAUAUCAUCCUCCCAUGCGUGCUGGAUGCAGCUGGCCGCUGCAAGCUUCCCGACAGAUACACGGGCGACAUGUCCAAGCUGGAGAAGAUCCUUGGCUACCCUGUUUCUGGCACAAACCUGAAGGACCUGCUGGCUGGAGAGGAGCAGAGGAGCGACUUCUCAGCUUAUGUGCGGAAUGUAGUGCGACAAGCUGACUGCCCACAAGCUUUCAAUUCGGCCACGCUCUCCACUCAAGGUAUGUGGAGCUGUGACUCUGCCGGCAUGCCACCUAUCGCUCAGGUGUUGCACAGCAAGAUCCAGCAGAAGUCCAAGCAGAAGCUCAACACAACGCUCCACCUCUCCGUGGUACCGCGUUCUGCGCUGAGCUUGGGCAAGGAGCGGCAGCUCGUUGCAGCCUUCCAGAUCUGCAGCCCCGAAGCCCUGAACGAGGAGGAGCCUGCAGCUGUGACGAACUUUGAGACUUUCAAAGCUGGCAAGAGCUCCUCGGGCGGGUCGACUACCAACCCUACCAGCGACGAAGGCUCUUCGCAUGGCAUCGUCGCCAACUUGGCCGACCUGACCAAGCUAGGUAAUGUUGCCAAGGCUUUGGGCGGCUACCGUCAGCGCAUCGAGUUCCUGAACGACUGCCUGCAUGCGAACAUCACUGUCAUGGGGCAGACUCUCUCUGCUGUCUUCCGCAUGGAUGCCUCCCAGACACCGGGCCACCUGGAUAUCGAGGUGCUCCCUACCGGCAGCAGCUGCCCACCGCCCGCGAUCCCAUACAUCUUCCAGUUUCAGGACGGCUGCCUGCAUCUCUGUGGACCUGGGACCUCGAGCCUCAAGCGCCCACAAAGCUUUGAUGGCCCAGGCUUGUGCGUGAUGGAGCGUGUGCAGAAGAUUGUGGAGCAACCCAUGGAACGCCCACGUCGUGACUUCGCACCCGAGCUGGAGCCUGACCCAGA